CGCGGCCGCCUCGUUCCCUACAAGGUCCACUUUUUCCGCGGUGCCUGCCGGAGGCGUCGAGUUCCUAGCUGAGCAGUGGCCGUGCCCCUAGGACAGUGACCCACUCAGUCACCCCCAGGACAGGAGCUGACAGUUAGAAGGCUUAGGCUCUAGUCCAGCUUCGGCCAUCUCCUCUGCUAUGUGACGUCCAGCAGUUCACUUCACUCCCUCAGCCUCAGAUUUCCGCCCCGGUCGAAUAGGGGGAAUAAAAACAGCUAUAGCGCAAAACUGCAGUGGGGCACAGAGAAAGGAAGCUCUGGGCUCCAGGUUCUGGACCUUCAUGUCCCUCAGUGGAGGGACGUCCAAGGAAACAAGAAUGGGCGUUCCCAGAUUGUUUCAUGUAAGGGUCACCCUCCCGCCCCCCAAAGUGGUUGAUCGUUGGAACGAGAAGAGGGCGAUGUUCGGGGUAUAUGACAACAUCGGGAUCCUGGGAAACUUUGAAAAGCACCCCAAAGAAUUGAUCAAGGGCCCUGUGUGGCUUCGAGGCUGGAAGGGGAAUGAACUGCAGCGUUGUAUUCGAAAGAAGAGAAUGGUAGGAAAUCGGAUGUUCAUUGAUGACCUGCACAACCUGAACAAACGCAUCAGCUUUCUCUACAAACGCUUUAAUCGACAUGGGAAGCACCGGUAGAAGAAAAAGCUGGGAACUGUGGAAGAGGCAUGUCUAUCACCAGAGAAAAGGGAAAAGUACUUUUCCUUAUGAGGAAGGGGAUUUGGAUGCUGUCAGUGAUAAUGCAGGAUUCCUUUGUAAUCCAUUAUCCACAACUUUAGUUUCCUCUAAAUGCAGUUUUACUCAUUCAUGCAAGGAGGAGGUGGAACUCAUCCCUAAGUCUUACAGUUUUAGCUUUGGACUUCAUCACUUGCCCUUGCAGUCUAGCCAUACCUGUAGUGUUUAAAAAAUAAAAAAAUCAUUGUUGGCA